AUGCUGGGAAACCAUCGAGUUCUCGGUCAUGUCCGCGCCCGUGUGCAAAGCGUCUGCCUCGUUCUCCUUGUCUUUGUCGUCUCUACUUCGCUUACUGCGAGGUUUUACGGGAAUCUUGACCUUCCGAGCUCGUUCAAAACGACCAGCAGCGGAAGCUAUAAGCCUUCGACCUUACCACCAUCAACAUCAUCUUCAUCAACAUCAUCUUCAUCAACGAUAGCAAGGCUAAACAUCCAGCUGCGUCCCGAGGAUCAUAUCACACGAGAGCCAACUACUCUGUCAUUCAAGUGGCGCGUAACCUCCGUCUUACAGUAUCCUGAUGGCGUCGAAAAACUCGUGUUCUUGAUCAACGGGCAAUUUCCUGGUCCUACCAUCGAAGCUCGCUCAGGCGAUCGCUUGGUAAUCGAGCUCGAGAAUGGGCUAAAGACAUCUCACACAGCGAUUCAUUGGCAUGGUAUCCAGAUGGAGGAUGCAAAUGCGAUGGAUGGCGCGGUUGGCGUGACCCAGUCUGCCAUCAAACCAGGAGAGAUGUUUAUCUACAAUUUCACAAUCUCAUCAUCCGAGCACGGCACCUUCUGGUAUCAUGCCCACGACCAAGUGCAGAGGGCAGAUGGACUGUAUGGCGGUCUGAUCGUCCACAAACCUUUCCAACAAGAUUCGAGGCGUGGAAGCGCAAGCUCAAUUGCAACAGAACAGCUUCUGAUGGUCAGCGAUUGGUAUCAUCGCAGUGCUACGGACGUGUUAUCGAAAUACAUGAGCCCUGGGUCCUUUGGCCAUGAGCCAGUGCCGGACUCACUAUUGCUCAACGGACGGGGUUCGUAUAAUUGCUCCAUGGUAGUACCCGCUCGACCAGUUGUAUGCACCUCUAUCGAACGGCCAACAAUUUCGCUGCCACCGAUUGGGAGAACGAAGCUCCGCGUUAUCAAUGUUGGUUCAUUCGCCGGUGUCGAAGUGAAGUUGCCAGAUUUCGAUAUGGCGUUGGUGGAGAUCGAUGGUGGAAACGCAGUCACCACUGCGAACCUUGCCAAGGUCAACAAGGUUAUUUGGCCAGGCCAGAGGGCUGACCUUGACAUCUCUCCCAGCUCUACAGCACUCAACACCCCUCAUAUCAGCAUCGAGCUCAGCCAUGAGAAUUUUAAGUACUCCAAUCCCGCACUCGCAACAGUGCAUAACUUUUCGAUAACAUAUCAAGAGCCGCCACUCAGAAAACCAUGUGGAAAGCAUCGUGUUGCGCAGGAAUCCCGAGGUACAUGGGUUGACAAACCAAUACCCAUGGCACUCGAAGCCGACAAAACCAUUGUGCUCUACUCGACAACACUUAAACUAUCUCACCUGGCCAAUAUCCCGCAUGGGUUUGUCAAUCAUACCUCAUGGGCACCUCAGGAUCCUCCAUUGAUCUCGGUGGAUCGCACACUGUGGAACGACAACCAGCUUGUAGCUCAUAUCCCCUAUAACGACUCACAUCCUUUGUGGGUCGACAUUGUUCUAAACAACCUCGAUGAAGACAGUCAUUCGUGGCAUCUGCACGGCCAUAGCUUCUAUGUCAUUGCCUCUCACACUGCUUCUUUCGGCUGGGGAUCCUACAAUCCAUAUGUGGAUACCGAAUUGCCUGGCGGUGCACUGGAUCUGACUGAUCCGCCUAUGCGAGAUACCGUCUAUGUUCCUCGGAGGGGAUAUGUGAUUCUUCGCUUUCGGGCAGGUAACCCAGGCAUCUGGAUGCUUCAUUGUCAUAUGCUGUGGCAUCAAGCAAGCGGGAUGGCCAUGGCGCUACAAGUUGGAAAUGGAAGUUUGUAG